AUGGCAGCAGAAAUGAGUGAUGAGAAGUCAACACAGCCAGCAGGGAGAUCUAGUCCUCAAAUGGAACGCCCAGACAUGAAGAUGUCCAUAUCAGAGCUCAUACUGGGCCAUAGAGAGUCCAGUCCAGAGUCCAGCUCAGUGUGUGUGAGGAGGGAGGGAGAAGUGUGUGGACGCCUGCUCACCCUGGUGGAAAUGCCAGCUCUGUACAACACUCAGCUCUCAGAGGAGGAAGUGAUGCGUGAGACUCUCCGCUGUGUCUCUCUCUGUGAUCCUGGAGUCCAUGCUUUCCUCCUGGUCAUUCCUGAGGGCUUCCUCACUGAUGAAGAUAAAGGAGAAAUAGAGAAGAUUCAGACAGUAUUCAGCUCAAGAGUCAAUGAUUACACCAUGGUCCUAAUAAAUCAGAAACCUGGACAGGAAGUGACAGAAUUAGAUGAAUCAACUCAGACAAUCAUCAGAUCCUGCAGAGGAGGACAUCAGUUCUUAGGUUCCAGUUCACAAGUGUCAGAGCUACUGAAGAGUGUUGACAAACUGGUGGAAUGGAAUAGGGGAAGUCAUACAACAGACCUAGAGAGAUCAGACACUUUGAGAAUAGUGCUGCUGGGGAAGACUGGUGUUGGGAAUAGUGCCACAGGAAACACCAUCCUGGGGAAAAAAGGUGUUUUUAAAGAAGAUGUGUCUUAUAUGUCAGUGACUAGAGAGUGUCAGAGAGAGACAGCUGAAGUCAAUGGAAGACAGAUAACGGUGAUUGACACACCAGGACUGUUUGAUACAGAGAUCAAUAAUGAGGAGAUGAAAAAAGAGAUCAGCAAAUGCAUCACCAUGGCAACACCAGGACCACAUGUUUUUUUCCUAGUGCUAGCAGUGGGGCGGCUCACCCCAGAAGAAAAAAAGGCCGUUGAGAUGAUUGAAGAAACGUUUGGAGAUAAAUCCAGAACUUACACUAUGGUCCUGUUCACUAAAGAAGAUCAGCUAGGGAAGAAAACCAUUGAACAGUAUAUAGGAGACACUGGAACUGACUUAAGGAAACUGAUUGACCAGUGUGGUAGCAGAUAUCAUGUGUUUAACAACACAGACCCCAGUAAGUGAACUCAGGUUGUAGAACUCCUGAAGAAGAUAGACACCAUGGUGUCAGAGAAUGGAGGGACCUUCUACACUAAUGAGAUGUUCAGACAGGUAGAGGAAGCUCUCCAAGAGGAAAAGGAGAGAAUACUGAGAGAGAGAGUGGAGGAGAUAGAGAGAGAGAAAAAAGAACUGAAGGCCAAACAUGAGGCUGAGAUGGAGAGAAUGAAAGAGGCAAUGAAGGAGGAGAGAAAGAGACAGAAUGAAGAAAGGAAAAGAAGGGAGGAGGAAUUCAAAGAGAGAGAACAGAGAAUGAAAAGAGAGAUGGAAGAAAGAGAAGAAGAAUAUGAAAGAAGAAAAAAGGAGGAUGAGAAAAGGAUGAAAGAAGAAAAGAAGAAAACGAUGAGAAUCUUGGAGGAAGAAAGACAGAAGCAAAAUAUGGAGUUUGUGGAAAAAUUAAACGAGACAGACAAAAGGAGACAAAAAGCAGAGAAACAGAAAGAGGAAAUGACAACUAGAAUUAGUCUGAGCUGA